AUGGGAAAAUCCUCGAAAGAUAAACGAGAUGCGUAUUACAGACUUGCUAAGGAGCAGGGCUGGCGUGCUCGCAGUGCAUUCAAGCUCCUGCAACUGGAUGAGGAAUUCGAUCUUUUCAAAGGAGUGUCCCGCGUCGUUGACCUUUGUGCAGCACCAGGGAGCUGGAGCCAGGUUCUUUCGCGUGUCCUCAUACAGGGAGAAAAGUUUGGGAGAGCGGCGUGGGAGGAUGAGGCACAGAAGUCACGUCAGGAACUGCUCGGUAUUUUUGGUACUCGGCGUAUAGACAAGCAAAAUUAUAUUACGCCUCAAUCACAACCCCGUGGAGAUAUUAAAAUUGUGGCUAUCGAUUUACAGCCCAUGAGCCCUCUCCAAGGAAUUAAAACUCUCCGCGCUGAUAUAACCCAUCCUGCAACCUUGCCGUUACUUCUAAGUGCAUUAGAUCCUACAUAUAGCUCUUCGUCGAAUUCUCAGCACGCCUCAAACCCAGUCGAUCUUGUACUUUCUGAUGGAGCACCCGAUGUCACUGGGCUGCAUGAUUUAGACAUUUAUAUUCAAUCCCAACUUCUAUUUGCUGCUCUUAACAUGGCGCUUUGCGUCCUUAGACCAGGUGGAAAGUUUGUAGCAAAAAUUUUCCGAGGCCGAAAUGUUGAUUUGCUGUUUGCACAGCUGAAAAUAUUUUUUGAGCGUGUCAUUGUUGCCAAGCCAAGAUCGAGUAGAGCAAGCAGUAUCGAAGCUUUUAUUGUCUGUCUCAACUUUUCACCGCCAGAAAAUUUUAAACCUAGCCUAAAAGAACCCAUCGGAGCUGGAGAUAGUUUGAUGAACCUUAUUAAGUCGCAAGCUGAACAGAGACCAAUAUUCUCGAUGGCUUUGCUCCAAAAUCCACUUACCAGCCAAUGGUCAUUACCUGUUGAAAAUCCCAUAGCGAAGAACAAAAGCGAUAGAGGGCGACCUAGCCUUGAGGAGCAUCAAUCUAAUGUUGUUAAAGAUGGAAGGUGGAUCGCUCCUUUUUUGGCCUGUGGAGAUCUCUCAGCAUUUGAUGCGGACGCGUCAUACAUUCUCCCUAAGGAUCGUAUUGCAUUGGAUCCUAUUCAACCUCCAACAGCACCUCCAUAUAAGCGCGCACUCGAAAUGAGAAAAAUUGCUGGCGGUGCAUAUGGAAAAACGGCUUGUAGCUGA